AAGAGCUUGGCGCGGGAGCUUGUAUUGUUUUGCAUCCCUCAAGCUUUCACGGACCAUCAGUGCAACUCGGUACCUUAUAAGGGCGACAUGAUGUCUUAACAAAAUUCACAAGAACUGACGCACAGCCAUCCUGUCACUGUACUGUCACUUCUGAAAGUAUUUUUCACUUGCUAAUCCGCGACAGUCGCCGAAGCAGAUCGGUCCUCGACAAGCAAUGCAACCUUCUACACCGUCGGUCACAUCGGCCACCAUGCGGCCUCCACUCUCGAAGUCGUCUUUAGAUGGCAGAAAGCACAAACUCUCUCCAAAGCGUGGUCAGACGCCUUCCGAACGGUCGUCGACAAGUUCGCGAAGCAAGCAAGACGCGUGCUUCAUCUGUACUAAGCACUCUGCUUACGAUACUACCAGUCUUGUCACCUGUUGUCACUGCAAGCGGAAGUACCACAGAGGCUGUUGCAAACCUGCAGUUCCAAGAACAACACCCCUUGAUUGGACGUGCCAUCUCUGCGAACCCAAGACCACAGAUUCCAUGCAGCCGGCCACAAAGAAGCGCAAGAUUGCCAGUUCCUCCUCCUUUGCUGCCGCUGGUAGUGGCUUUGUAGAACGUCCGAAUACUGGUCCUAGAGAGAUCCCGGAAUCACCUCAGGAGAUGUCUGCUGUCACAAUUGCAAAGUCGACGCAUCCGCAACCACGCCAACGUUUUGGCCACCAUCCAGCUCUCGAGCAAGAACAAAAGCUCGCCAAUCCCUUUGAGCAGAAUCGUUUCAUCCAGCGUCCAAGAAUCGAUUUUUUGCCCUCAGAAAAAACUGGCCAAACGCCGGUUGAGCCCACGAAGCCUGCAUCCAAAGUCGAGCCGAGAGGACAGCAACACCAAACACCAGAUUCAAUUUCGCGACCCGAAUCCUCAUCACAGACAUCUAAGAAGAAGAAGACUAAAUCGAAGAAGCACUCUGGAAAGUACGAAGAUCUGAUUGGUAUGGCACUGCAUGCGGCGCCAGACCAUUGUUUGAACGUGGAAGAGGUCUGCAACUGGAUCGCCCAAAAUGUUCCCGGCUACAAAUCCAAGGAUGCAGGAUGGAGAGAUGGAGUUUGGGUCACGCUGGCAGUGACCAAAAACUUUGUGAAACAAGGAAACGGACCUUGGACGUUUGCCGUGGGCACCGGCGAGGAGUACAAGGCGCAGAAUCAGUCAAAAGCUCUCCCGUCUACCGCCGGUCUCUCUUCACAGGACAUACACCUCGACCGGGCCAAGCAAGGGGAUGAUCAGAGGGUAAGAAGCGCCGAGACCUGUGAUCCAGCACAUGGCCUUAUAAAACAUGACCCCGAAGCCCCGGCAAUACAGAGUGGCCACGACUCCACGGAAAGGUUCGUUCGUGCAGACAGCGAGACCAUCUCGACAUUUCCCUCUACGAUCGACGAGACGUUAGACAUUAUCGACCUCACCGUGGAAGACGACCAGCAAGCACGUCUGAUGGCACCACCCAAGAGCUCAGUUGAGCUAGCUGCAGAACAGCCUGUCUCUAUCACCCCUUCAACAGCAGACAAAGUAGCACAACGAUCGGAGUCGCGGACGAGUUUUUCCGGUUUUGGCGAAUCUACUUGGGCAACAAGGACAAGCCUUCCACCAUAUCGAAACUCGGAGACGCCAUUGACUGAUCACCUACUGGGCAAUAUCUCUACGGGAAAGAUGACAGUCCUUUCUCGAACCGAAAAAUGGAAAGCUGCCACCAGACAUGUUAACAACCUGCUUAAGCCUCCUCUCAAGGCACCAGAGUCGACCAAUGUAGCUCGUGAAUUCACCCGAGGACCUUCUAGUGAGACUCCUAAACCAGUCAUCACGAACUCCCGGGCUCUGUUUCUACCACCAGUCAUUUCGCCCGCAAGGAGUAAUUUCCGCCACGGCUCAAAACAGGCAGAGAUCCCCAUCGAGUCGGUGUCGCAUAACUCUGACAUGGAGAUGCAAGGUGUCGAACCGCAGCACUCGACACUGAGAUCUCCUGAUGUUGCUGGACGGCCAAACACUGCUGAUCUGCAUAAAACAGCCCCAGUGGCCUCUGUGCAAGUCAUGGCAACAGCCUCUAACCAUUCAGAACAGCGCGAUGAGCCAAAUCUGUCCGGACCCGGUCACCUAAAGGACGCUCGAAAGUCGACUGAGGAAGUCACACUCGGUGAUACGACACAUGUUGUGCAAUGUAAAGACCACAUACCUCAAGGACCACUGCUCCAGAAGUCUCUUUCGGAGCGGCCGCUUCUUGAAGAGCUGCAGCUUAAUCGCCCUGAACCACAGGAGCCCUCACCGCAGAGAUCUCUUUCUGACGAGUCACUGCCAGAUGCGCCCAUAGAAGAACGACCGUCUCCAAAGUUAUACGCGGACUGUGCUAUCCAGACUGAUUCUCCAGUGACUUCUGUUCUGGCACUAGCCAAGGUCUCACAGAUCAGUCUCGAGCCACGAGCGCCCGUAGAAGUGGAGCCUAUCACUGUGAAAACGACUGUAGACUCUACCACUCAGACUGACCGUGAGCUCCAAGUAGCGCUUCAGAAUCAGGUGUCGCCACCAGAGGUACAAGCAACUGCAGGGGUGGAGGAAGCCGCUGCUCCAUCAUCUCCAACGACCAAUGGUCACGAUCCUGAAGUCGAAUUUGACAAAGAACGCCUAGCCCUCUUGGAAGAAAUGAUGUACCCAACCAAACCAUCCACACCACGAUGGCCUACCCACCUCAAAGCCACUCUAUCAAAACCAUCCCCUUCGUCUCCUGCAGAAGCCUCUCUAGACGAGAUCCGCGCCCGUCCAACCCGCAAACAGAUAUUCGGUAAAGUCGGAUUAUCACGUCUCGCCAACAACGAUGCCAUCACGCAACUCAAUGCCAUAAAACUAGGCUCCCAAAAUAUCGGAAAUGUCAACAUCCAUAAAGGAUACACUGAAGAGGAAGUGCAGGAAGAGAAACGACUGAAUGAACCAGAAGGGUUUUACAACACGAUGGAGGAGAUGCUUAAUAUGCCUCCGACGGUUGUGCCGUUUAUUCAUGAUCAGCAGUUGGCGUUUAGGGAUUUUGCUCCGGUGAGUUUUGUGGUGAGAAAGUUGUGUUUAGGGGUGAAUGUGCUGACUUUCCGUACAGAAUGCUCAAGGCAAGGUUGGAAGACCGAGACAGAUUUAUAGGCUUGGACCUAAUGCGAGAUGAUGAGGUUUGAUCACGCGCGAUCGAUCGCUACUAGGCUUCGAGCUAUCGAUGGCAUUGCUUUUAGUUACUAGCAAAAUGGCUGUAAGGCAAGCAAUUCCUUGUGGCAUGCCUCGAAUGAGAGGUGACAUGAUCACGAGAAUCAAGAGGGCGUGGAACAUGAGUUUUCAUAACAUAUCUAAGUCAUCCCAAUCGUCUAGCUCAAGUAUACCUUCUUCAAACAGCCUGGGAGAUGUAUCGUAUACCAGACUGGUGACGAGACUUUGAUCAUC